AAUUCCUCUACAAAUUUCAUUUCUUUCUCUCUCUCUCUCACUCGGACAAAGCAAUUCAACAAUUCAACUCUACUCUCCUCUCCCCCCACCUACAAAAGCCCUCGGGUUUUCAGUUUUCUUCUCAAAGAAGACACUUAGCUUCACUUUUCUCUCUCUUCGCGUUUUCCAAUUCUUCGUUCCGUUCGAUGGCUUUUCAGAGCAAAAAACUCAUCAACGAUCCUAAUGAUGUUGUGACAGAGUUCAUCGAGGGACUUAUCGAGACCUAUCCAGGAUUGCAAUAUCUGGAUGGAUUCCCUGAGGUUAAGGUUGUCUUGCGUGCUGAUAUUUCUGGUGCAAAAUAUGACAAAGUUGCCAUCAUAUCAGGUGGUGGAAGUGGCCAUGAACCUGCUUAUGCUGGAUUUGUUGGAGAAGGGAUGCUGACUGCAGCUAUCUGUGGGGACGUUUUUACCUCUCCAAAUGUUGACUCAAUUCUUGCUGGCAUACGAGCUGUCACAGGUCCCAUGGGGUGCCUUCUUAUUGUCACGAACUAUACUGGUGAUCGACUAAAUUUUGGUUUGGCUGCCGAACAAGCAAAAUCUGAAGGUUUUAAAGUAGAGAUGGUAAUUGUUGGUGAUGACUGUGCUUUACCACCUCCAAGAGGCAUUGCUGGCCGAAGAGGUUUGGCAGGGACAAUUCUUGUUCACAAGGUUGCUGGAGCAGCAGCAGCUUGUGGUCUUCCCCUUGCUGAUGUUUCCGCUGAAGCAAAGCGUGCAUCAGAAAUGGUUGGGACAAUGGGUGUUGCAUUAUCUGUUUGCACGUUGCCAGGACAGGUGACUUCAGACCGUUUAGGCCCAGGAAAGAUGGAGCUUGGUCUUGGAAUUCAUGGGGAACCAGGAGCUGCCGUAGCUGACCUUCAACCAGUAGAUGUGGUGGUUUCUCAUGUUCUGAAGGAGAUUUUGUCAUCGGAGACCAACUACGUUCCAAUCACACGUGGUAGUAGAGUCGUGCUCCUGAUUAAUGGAUUAGGAGCAACACCAUUGAUGGAAUUAAUGAUUAUAGCUGGUAAGGCUGUCCCAGGAUUGCAGCUUGAACAUGGUCUAGCUGUUGAUAGAGUCUAUACAGGGUCAUUUGUGACGUCACUUGAUAUGGCAGGCUUUUCAAUUUCAGUAAUGAAGGCUGAUCAAGCAAUUUUAGACCGUUUAGACGCUCCAACUAACGCUCCAAAUUGGCCUGUUGGUGCUGAAGGCAACCGACCUCCUGCAAAGAUACCUGUCCCACUUCCUCCAUCACAUUCUAUCCAGAGUGACAAGACAUUGAGUCGGCCUGAAAAACUGAGCCCUCAGGGUCAUAUCCUUGAGGGAGCUAUUGAAGCAGCAGCUACUGAGGUUGUAAAUCUCAGGGAUAAUUUGAAUGAGUGGGACAGUAAAGUUGGUGAUGGUGAUUGUGGUUCAACUAUGUUCAGAGGUGCGGUAGCUAUACUCGAAGACAUGAAAAAGUACUAUCCAUUGAAUGACCCUGCUGAAACAAUCAAUGAAAUUGGAUCUUCUAUUAGAAGAGUAAUGGGGGGAACAAGCGGUAUCUUAUACAGUAUAUUCUCUAAGGCAGCAUAUGCGGAGUUGAAAGCAAACACUGAGUCGGUUGUCACAGCUCUGCACUGGGCUAAUGCACUUGAAGCUGCUAUCGCUGCUGUUAGUAAAUAUGGAGGAGCUAGUGCUGGUUAUCGUACACUUUUAGAUGCUCUUAUACCAGCAUUGUCAGCUCUUAAGGAGAGGUUGAAUGCUGGGGAUGACCCUGUCGAUGCUUUCAUUAUUUCUGCUGAGGCAGCAUCUGCUGGAGCCGAGUCAACCAAGCACAUGCAAGCGCAGGCUGGCCGUUCAACCUAUGUACCCGGAGAUGUUCUUGCAUCCGUUCCUGACCCAGGUGCCAUGGCUGCAGCUGGGUGGUACAGAGCAGCUGCUUUAGCUGUAAAGGAGAAGUAUAAUACAGCAUAGCACAUUUAAUUGGCUAUACCUAUUACUUCCUGCAGCAAUUGUUUUUUAUCUUUCUCGAGGAAGAAAUUAACCCAACAAUUUUUGCGCGUAACCUUUCUGAGGAAUUAGCUUUCCGCUUAUGCAGUCCUGCAUAACGCCGAGAGAGUGUAGAAAAUGUAUGUUACAGUCCUUUAUACAGUGUUCUAAGUGAGGAAAGAAAACAAUGCCAGGUAGAAUGCCAAUCUGCGAUCGUGGUUGUAAGCUUCAUUGUAACAAAUGAGCUUUCUAAUUAGGCACUAUGGAUGCCUGCUACUUUUA